AUGGCCAAGCAAAAGUCAACGCCAGUCGCCUCGCCCGCCGCAGGAGCGCAAGUAGAUGAGGCAUCGCAAACCUCGCAGACCUCGCAGCAGGCGCAGGUCGCGGAAACAUCGCCGGCGGAGAGGAUACUAGCGCUUCUCAUGCCCCCUCCUUGGGCGCGCCGCCUCAUAUUUGUCGCCCUAAUCUUCUACAUCACCCCGUUCCUGCUCACGCACUGGAUCGAGACGUCGGCGAAAUUGAUUAGGAUGAUACGGACGUUGACUGGCCAGAGAUGA